AUGCCACCGCCUGCGAAACCGGAGGAGAAGCCUGCCGAAUCAAAGGCUAAGCGAACGGCUGUUUUAGAAGACACUUUAUUGUUUAAUGCAGUGAAAAAUUACUUCAAAUAUGCAGGUGUUGUCCUCGGUGUGUGGGGAUUCGGAUAUUUUUCGUUCAGUCCCAGUUGGUUAUUACUCGGGCUUGUUCUGUUUAUUUGGAAAGAAAAGAACAAGACAUCACAAAAAUUACAAAUUGCAAUUUCUCAAGAAGCUGCCAAAGAUGAAAGAGCUGCGAUUCUUGCCAGAGUAGAAGAUUUGCCGUCCUGGGUGUUUUUCCCUGAUGUAGAGAGAGCAGAAUGGCUGAACAAGAUGAUACAACAGCUAUGGCCAUACAUUGGAGAUUAUGUAAAAGACCUACUACACAAGUCUAUAGAACCAGCUGUCAAGAAAAGUUUGCCAGUCGCUCUAGCAGCCUCUUUUCGAUUUUCCCAGAUUGAUCUAGGUGAUAUUCCUCCAAGAAUUGGUGGUAUUAAAGUUUAUACUGAAAAUGUUAGAAGAGAUGAGAUUUAUAUGGAUUUAGAGAUAAUAUAUAGCAGUGAUUCUGAGAUUACAGUACAAGCUAAAGGUAUCAAUGCUGGUAUUAAAGAUUUACAGAUUCAUGGUACCAUGAGAGUUAUAUUUAAACCUUUGAUUAGUAGAAUACCAUUGUUUGGUGGACUGAGUGUUUUCUUCUUGAAUAACCCUACUGUGGAUUUUAAUUUGACAAGUUUAGCUAAUGCUUUUGAUUUGCCUGGAUUGAGUGACAUGUUGAAGAAUAUAGUUCAAGAACAAAUAGCUAAUAUUAUGGUCUUACCUAAUCGUAUACCUGUUUCCAUGGUGAAAGGUUUAGAUUUGAAUAAACUCCGCUACCCUCAACCCCAGGGUGUGUUAAGAAUUAAUAUUAUUGAAGCCAAGGAACUGAAGAAAGCUGAUAUUGGUAUUACUGGCAAGGGAAAGUCAGACCCUUAUGUUAUCUGUUCUGUUGGAGCUCAGAAGUUUCAGACUAAAGUAAUAGAUAAUACUGUAGAACCUGUUUGGAAUGAGGACUACGAGGCUAUUGUAGAUGUAGCAGACGGACAGUUACUAACUCUAGAUGUCAAUGACAGAGAUCCUGGUAAUGAUGAUGAUCAUUUGGGAGGAUUAUCAGUAGAUAUCAGUCAAGCUAAAUCACAAGGUAUUGUUGAUGAGUGGCUGCCAUUAGAAGAUGUAAAGAAGGGAAUGGUACAUAUCAAACUAACAUGGCUCUACCUAGCUAAUGAUCCACUAGAACUAGAUAGGGAAAGAAAGAGACACAGGAAAAAUCAGGUUGUACAAAAGAUGGAAGAAGACAGACAAACUGAUGAAAAAUUCUCAUCAUGUAUACUUCUCGUUAAUCUGGACUCUGCAAGAGAUCUUCCAAGAGGAAAGAAAAGUUUAAACGAACCUUCACCAUUCUGUCAGAUAUCUGUGGGAACUCUCAAGAAAGAGAGUUGGGUGAAAUGGAACACUAAUGAACCAAGAUGGGAACAAAACUUCAGAUUCCUGAUUCAUAAUCCAAACUUCCAAAACCUGGAUGUGGAUGUGAUGGACAAGAAGACUGGUAAAAGUCUAGGAGACUGUAAUGUUAAACUGAAAGAAUUAUUAGGAGCUACAGAUAUGGUUUUAGAUAGAAAGUUUCCACUGAAAAAUACAGCUUCUAACGCUUAUCUCAACAUGAGGUUAACACUUAGAGUUCUGACUACAGUAGCUAAUGAAGAAUGGCUACAGGAAGGUACAAUGAUUGAUGAAGCCUUAGCAUCAACAGAGGAAGGUAGUUCUGUUGAUGAUCAGGGUAAACCAGGAUCUUCCAUUGACCCAGCCUCAGCCUCUGGUUCUGGACCUGUCCCUUCAGUACCCAGUUCUAAAGAUGAGAAGAUCGUUCCUGCUGUAUCAACUAGAGAAGAAACCACAAUAAGAAAAAGAACCAAUGCUACACCUGCUGAUGAUGGAAAGGGUGCUCAUGGUUUAGGAAAAAUACAAAUAACAUUACGUUAUAACGCUCAGAGAAACAGAUUUAUUGUUGUUAUACAUAAAUGCACUAACUUGCUAGCUUUGGACAGUAACAACCUAUCAGACCCUUACAUUAGACUCUACCUUCUACCAGACAAAUCAUCUGAUUCCAAACGUAAAACUAAAGUUAUUAAAGAUAACCUGAAUCCUGUUUUUGAUGAAACGCUCGAGUUUCCAGUAUCACCAUCAGACGUUAAACUGAAGUUAUUAGAAGUAGCUAUCAAGAAUAAAAAUAGUUUAUUUUCAUCCAGUAAAAAGAUGAUGGGUAUAGUGACUAUAGAUCUGGCUAAUUUUGAUAUUUAUAAAGCUCUGACUGACUGGUAUGACUUACAACCAGAAGACAGCGAUGAAAGAGUUUCUCUAGAAACAGAAAUUUAAACGCACCAAUGAAAUUAUACAAGAGCCGUAAAGGAAGUGGGUGUGAAUAUAUUUUAACCAAUCAGAAGUUUUAUAAGAAGAGUGAAGGAGGAUAUUUUUUAGUAUUUUUGUUAUAUUUAUCUCUAUUGUUAGUUGUGGAUAUCUUUCUUUAUAUAUAUAAUAUUAUUAGCGUUGUUUGAUUUUGGUAUGUUUUAAACGUUAAGGGAUACUGUCAAAAAAAUUUUAAUGAAAUUUAAAGGAAGAGAAGGCAGUAGUUGGCAUAGACGAUGUUAAAAGACAUUUCCAAAACAAACACCUAGUAAGGAGAAUAACAUCUUAUAUACUCUAGAAUACUCUUAUAUCAUUGUAUUAUUGACCUGCUACAGCAUAAUAUUCACAUCACCUGAUAUCACUCUACUCUUUAGAUUGCUCAUUUUGCUUUAGUAAUAUGCUUAUAGUAGGUUUAUACCGUUAUGUAUUUAGUGCUAUGAUAUUCCUGUCCAAGGCUUGGAUUGUACUUAUUUUAUCUCCACAUAUAUGUUAUAGAUACACAACUCCAGAUAGGACAAAAUAAAGUCAUCUAAAGACUACAUAUAAUUCUAUAAUA